AUAGAAACUCCACUCCAGUGGUGGACGGAACGUGACGCGAGCAACUCCUCGAUAACGGAUGUCUUCCUUUCGCUAGCCAGCUAUUCGUCAAAUCGAAGAAAGGCAUCAUACAACGCGAAAAAAGUGUGCUAAGCGUUCAAGAACAAUUUUGAAGGUUCGAGGUAGAUUACUGUACGAAACAGGACGAAACAGGAAUUUUUAACACACGAAUAGGAGUAUAGCGAGCUCUCUUCUUCCUAGAGAGCCUCUUAGUGAAAACGAGCAAACGUGUCACCGAGUGAGAUAAAAACAAAGUGUGCUUGAAGCAUUUGAGAACAGUUUCGAAGUGUCCAGUCAGGUUAUUAAAGAUCUCUGCGAAAUCAGAAAUUUUUGAGGAGUAGUGGGUGUGUAGUAAGUCCUCUUCAUCAUCGAGAGCCUCCUCUUCGAGGAACCGAAAGUAUCGUCGCCGUGUCACCGAGUGUAAUACAAAAAAACUGUGCUUGAAGCAUUUGACAACCAAUAUUGAGUUUCAAGUUAGUAUACCAGGUACCUACAUAAAACGGAAAUUUUACCUCACAAGUAGAAACUUAUAGUAAGGUUUCUUUUGCCUCUUUUUCAUGGAGUGGAGAAAUAACAUCGUAUCGUCGAGUGUGAUUCGGAGGAAGUGAAAACAAAUGCCCAGAGGAUUUCACGUAAAACGUCUCGUUAUCGGAGAAAUCGAACGUCUGUGCCAAGGAAAGCGAGAGGCAUAGUCGCGCAAGAACAAAGACUAAUCGAUUGUUUCGUGGUUGGGAGUCUUUUUGCAUGGCGGAUUCGCGAUAAGUGUUCGUCCGACGCGUAAUAACCUACAAUCGAUCGCGUUAAGACAAAAAAGUGUGAUCGUGUUAUGCUCCCCUGUGUUUAAGCGUUUAUUACGCUCAAUUAAUCCCACCGACCGGCUAAGUUUUUUAAUGCGCAGUGACAUCAAAAGCGAUGACUAGUGAUUACGUGGCCUCGCGGUGUUGUUUCGUUUCGCAUACUUGCGGAAAGUACCUAUUUCGCGACAAACAGGGGGAACAAACGCGUGGGCUGCAUGGAUCGACUGGGAGUAGUGGUGCACCGCGGAAGUGCAAACAAUGGAUAUGAGAAGAGCAGAGGCAAAGUAGCAGGCUGCAGGUAGAGGAACAGCGAGGGCGAACAAGAAGAAAGAAACGACUCGACUAUAGGAGACCGACACAGGGGACAGUGCGAAGGGAGAAGACGAAUUAGCCAAAGUCUGAUAGAGAAUCGUUCGUGGGGAGGGGGGGAGGGGGGUAACCAAAGAAAGUCAGACAAGUCGAAGAGGGCUAACGAAAAGAUGAAGGAGAACGGCUUGUGGACGUUGGUUUGGGCGGUGUGUGUGAUAAUAGGCCUGAGCAUGGGGCAAACAUUACAAUCUUGUCCCUCCCACCAUGACAUCGCACCCUGCUUCUGCAGCCUCAAGAAAUCCGGCUUGGAUAUCGUGUGCGAGUUCACGGACAUGGCGCGUAUCUCCAAGGUCAUGAGCACGCUCAAGAGCAAGUUGAACACAGUCAUCUUUUACCUGAGGCUGAGGCACAACAACUUGCCGAAAUUGCAGCGAUACGUGUUCCUCGGCCUCGACAUACGCCACCUAACCAUCCACAACAGCAGCCUCGCGGUCCUCGAGGAAUCCUCCCUCAGCUCUAUCGGAACUGGCUUGACGCAGCUGGAUCUGUCGCAAAAUGCUUUGCUCACGGUGCCGUCGGCUGCGUUACGGGAUCUUCACCACGUGUUGAUUCUGAAUCUGAACCGCAACAAGAUCAAUGCCAUUCACGGGGUGGCUUUCGAGGGACUCGACACUCUUGAAAUCCUUUCCCUGUACGAAAACAAGAUUUCCACCAUUGAAGAGGACGCCUUUAAAGGACUGCACAAUAGAAAACUGAAGAGAUUGAACCUGGGAGGAAACGAAUUGCCCAAAGUGCCGACGAAAGCGUUGAUUUCACUGGAUGUGCUGAAGAAAUUGGAGAUGCAGGAGAACCGAAUCACUGGAAUUCAAGAGGGUGAUUUUGAAGGAUUGAGAAACCUGGAUUCAUUAGUUCUGGCUCACAAUCAGUUGCGCGAAGUCCCGGCUCGUGUGUUCUCACACUUGACGCAAUUAAACUCUUUGGAGCUUGAAGGAAAUCAGAUUACCCACGUGGAUCCCGAUGCGUUCAUUGGGCUCGAGGAAAAUCUACAAUAUUUGCGGCUUGGCGAUAAUAAUUUACAUUCGGUGCCGAGCGAUGCAUUGCGCCGUCUACAUCGACUACGUCACCUCGAUUUAAGAGCCAAUAACAUUUCCGUACUCCCGGAGGACGCCUUCACCGGAUAUGGAGAUUCGAUUACAUUUCUGAACCUCCAGAAAAACUUGAUAAAGGUGUUGCCGCCGUUGGUCUUUGAAAAUCUCAACUCCCUGGAAACGCUACUUCUGCAGAACAACAAGUUGUCCCACAUACCGGAAGAAGUGAUUGAGAAUAUCGUCGACACACUUCGAGACCUCGAUAUCACGGACAAUCCCCUCAUCUGCGACUGUGAGCUACGAUGGUAUUCCGUCUGGCUUGGGAACCUACGCGACAAGGACGACGAAAUGAUGUCGAAGAAGCACACGAUAUGCGUGAUGCAGCAUGAGCACCGAGAAUACGCUGUGCAGAGCAUACCCCUGGAAAGAAUGGGCUGCGUGGGGAAAAACGCGGGAAGAACAUCCUCAUCGACGGCCGAUAGUCGCAUCUACGUGGACACAAUCUUCCAGAUACUGGCCAUCGCCGUCGCCGUCGCGGUGCUCUAACUGCAACCAUUCAUCCAAUACUCGGCGACCUCGAUCACCCCUCGUUUAUAAACCCAACAGAGCCCAGAUUUUCCUUUUAUUUGAAUUUAUGUCCCCCCCCCCCCUCUACCUGACCACUCCGUCACUGAGGCUAUCCAACGUUGGGCAACAUCUAAUCAGUAAUUAUGAUCGAUAAUUAAACUUGCGGAUUACAUGAAUUUAAUUGAGCAGCGAAUGUGAGAAAUUCGUGAUAAACAUAAUCAGAAAGUAUGUGUGCACUUAUGCGAAACGGAAAUAUUAAUAUUAAUAUUAUGACAGCACUUUGUGGAGUAUAUUCUACAUUCAGUUAGUUACGUAAGUAUUCAUUCUGUCUAUUGAAAGAAGUAUAAAUGAAAUGAUAAGUUCGAUGCGUACAUUUAAAUUUUAGAUUAUAGAUAUAUACAUGUAAUUCAUGUACAUAUUUAUAAUAAAACAUCCAACCUACCAUUUAACUUUACACUUUACAGAUUGUUAGUACCCUACUAAUCGUCUUUUUGCCGUGGCAAGCAAUACUUUCUUAUCUAUAAUAUUAAUGAGAUGACAUUGGAUGCUCCCGUCAUUGCAUGAAUUAUGAAAUAUUAUAUAAAUAUUAAUUUAAAAACAAUUAAACUAACAGAUAAAAUAAAUUAUUGAAUUUAAUUAUAUGUCCAAACCUUAAUGAUCAAGGAAGUGCUUAUUUAGACAAAUUUUGCCAAUAUACACAAACGGUACGAAUAUUUAUGAGACUGACUGUAUAUUAUAGUUUCUCUAUGUUUUUAUUAUUACUGGUACGCCAUAAAUGCAUAAAAUCCACAGUUUAUCGAUUAAUUCGUUCGUUGCUGGGAUAAUAAAAUAUGUUUUCCCCCCCAAAAUCGUUGAUACCUUUUUAAUUGAAAUUUCACAUGGUUUCUUAAAAAGAUUGGGUCUCUAAAUCCCACUUAGGAGUAGGUGAGAAACUCAGGGAAAGGUAAAUCCUCCGCAACGAACUUAAUAACUAGACUGUGGAUGUUUAUGCUAAUUCACACUUUCACAGAUUCAGAUAAAGAAUUCAGAUUUAAGUGAAAGUCUUAUCUUCCUAAACUGUGUAAUAUGUAUUUUAUCACUGAUAUUUUAUAUAUUCUUGCAUUCGUGCAUGUCCUCAUAAAUUUUCUCACAUUUUCUCACAUUUUCGAUUGCUAUAAAUGCACAAACAUCCGCAGUCUAGUGAUGACGAACAAUCUUAGCCCUCGAAAAUUACGAAUUACUUAUUCACUAUUGAGGGUUACAAACGUAGUCCAUGAUUACUGAUCGAUCUGACAAUUGCGAUUGUUGGAGUGAUCGCAAAUUACUGCCCAACCUUGGAGCAAUCGUGCCACGAUCGCGGAGACGUGGCACGAUUCCCUCAGCGUAUAUCCUCCCUCGUGGAAUCGUUUCCACGAUCCCAACGGAAGUAUCGACGAGCAAGGAGCUCCCGAUACGAUUUAUCUUGCGAUCGAGAGUGGGAAGCCCGGAGUAUCGAUAGCUGGUCGAUUGGUACCGUUCAUUUCUAAUCGAACGUUCAACUUUUAGGCGAGACUUGCGACUUUUCCUAUCGUUAUUUCAUGUCUGGCUAUAGUCCUCGAGAAAGUAGAAUUAUAAACUGGAAGAAUCGAGUGCGACUGUCCCGAGAGAGAAAUGAGAAUUAAAUUUUUACAUCGUCGUGGUAAUGUACUCAAUCGUUUGGAAUCGGAGAGAACUGAAAGUAUCUACCGUGGCGUUUUAUCGAAUACAUAUCAACAGCUUUUUCUAAAAUAUAAGGUAGCAAGCGUAAGCGUCGUUUAACGUAAAUACGCCACGAAAUGGGGAACGUCAGACAUGUCAUUUCGCUAUAGCUUUAGUUUAUUAAAGCUUUUAGAUCGCCUGCGUUUCAGUUGUAGAAAGGAAACAAAAAUAAGUAAAAAACAAAAAAAAACACUAGGAACAAACAAUCGACGAGCGUCGAUCGUUAAACUCGAUCGAGAAAUUCACUCGACUAGGAGACGAUUCGAAGGAGUAUGACGCUUGCAUCUCAAUCGUCACUUUUGAUCGAUACGGAGACCUCGAUCGCGACGCUCGAUUUCUUCGAUCGAGAGUCACGGAUCGAGGUAUACCCGAAAUAAGAAGGGAGUAUCUCGAUUGUGAAAUGCGAUAACAGGGUGAAAAUGAGGAUCCUCGAUUCCAUUGUUCGAAGGAGCCUAAGGUCACCGAACGUUACAUAUCAAGAUCGUUGCCAAGUGUUUUCUGGAUGUCUGUUAAAUUCGCGACGUGGGCGAGAAUCGUAGUAUAUUCGAUAGGGAAUUCGAAUGUCCGCUGUUUAACUAUCAUUUGAUUAUACACGGGCAUUCGUCUCAUACAUAUCAAAGCGUUCCUGAAACGUUGGAACGAGUAGUCGGCAUUUUAAUGUUCAACUUCGUGCGUCACAAUCUCUCGCGAUAACGAAAUAGAAAUAGAACUAGGAGUAAGUGCUUUAUAAUUUCAUUUUGUUGCUGAACGAUGGGUCAUGAUUGUAAAAUAAUACGCUUAGAAGCGACAAAUUUUAACAAUAUACUUGAAAGUAUCAAACUUUAACAAUAUUAUUCGUCAAAAAAUUCAAUAAUUUUUUACGAUUCUCUUUGUAAUUUUGUAAAAACAUUCAUUUUUCGAAGUACUUAAAAUUUGAUCAGACUCUUAUCCGCGAUUUUGAUGACUCGACACUAUCUGGGGUGUAAUAAUUGAAUAAACAAAAACUAAAUAAGUAAAAUAAUCAACGAUACAAGCUUAAAAGAAACAAAAUAUAUGAUGUUCCUAAACUUAUAUUUCGUUCCUUUAAAAAUGAUUCAAGUCAAUCGACGUUAAAAAUUAUGAGGAUAAUCCAAUACCAGAUAUCGAAAACCACAUUUGUACUAAUAAUUAUUUUACUAAUUUGGCUGGAAAUUAAAAAUAUUCAGAAAUGCGAUAGAAACAUAGUAUUUAAUUUUUCGCGUGCUUCUGUUCUAUUCUUUCUACAUAUUACUUUUCGUAUUAGUCACACAGAAAAGUACAGUAAAGACGUAGUAUUUAAUUUUGUCUAUACAUCAAUUCGUUCUUUCUAUUACCUUUCUAUAUUGGUUACACAGAAAAAUGCACUAAAAACAUAUGAGUUUUUUUCAAUCAAAGAAUCGAUCUUCGGGGCUUCUUCCUCGGUGAUAUCUUGAGAUCGUUCCAGAUGUUUAACUCGAUUCACAAAGGAACCGACCCGGUCGAGAUGAAAUAACGACUGCUGAUGGAACGUAAUACACUCAACAGGAAACCGACACUUGUCAAUUCCGGUAGAGCAUAAACGCGAUCAUUCAAACGGCUCGUUGGCCAUCGUUUCGUGGCUCUACUGCUACCUAGAUAAAAUUACGCCGUCUUUCAGCAACGCCCGCGAUCAAACAUCAAAAACGGAUGUUCUAAGUACGUCGCAGUAACGCUUUCGCAACCACGAACAUUUCACUUUAACACCUUCAAUUCCCCUUAAGGGAAGACACCACAUUGAAAGACCAAAUAUUAAGUGUUUUUCAGGAUUUUUUCUUACAGAAAAGAAUUUAUUUAACGUUUGUUUAACUUUGAGAAUAGUUUAGAUAUAUCUUAAGGUACAUUUCGUUAUCUUUUCAAUUCAUUUCACACUGAAAUUUUUGAGAUAUCAGUUGUAUAGCAAGCUUUCACCUGAGUUUGCCGUUGGUAAGAAUUCUGAAUUUUUUUUUUACAUUAUUAACACGUCUUCGAAGAAUAUGAACUAAAUUGCGGUCAAGAAAUGUAAAAAUUGAAUAUUUUGAGAGUAUUGAAAGUAAAAGACCCAAUUUUUACCAUUUUUCGUAUAGCUUUUUGCAAUAAAAAACCUACUUUAAACAUCGAUAUCAUUGCAAUAUUGAAUUCAGUCAUCUAUAUAAAGUAAGCGUAUAUAAAACUUGAAAGCAAUCGGCUAAUUAGUUCUUGAGUUACACUUCUCACAACUUGAAAAAAUUCGCAACUUUUCAAAGAUUUUUGUGUGAAAUAAAUCGAAAAAAUUGCCUAAUCUACUUCAAAACAUACCUAAAACAUAUUCGAUAUUAAAGAAAAAUUCAAUAAUUCCUUCUCUGUAAAAAAAAUCACGAGAAACGUUUAAUAAUUGACCCUAUAAUUGUGAUCCCCCCCCCCCCCCCCCUUAAUUAUAGAUUGUGACGUACGAAUGCGUCUGCUCGUGUAUGGCAAGUUGCGAAAUGUGUUCGAAGUUAACGUUUAGGAACGCUACAACGUCGAGGACUUGUAAUAUUUUUCGAUGAGUGUGAAAAAUUAAUUGUGGGGAGGGAGAGGGCAAACACUGUCAUAGGGUUGGGGCUAACGGGUCAGUUUUACUAGGGCCUCGGGUUUACACCGAAAAAAACAUAGUUAAGAAAUUUCGUAUACUCUCAAUGAUAUAAUUCUCAAUUCGGUGAUACCAACGUUUCGGUAGAAGGCGCAAUAUUAAUGAAUUGUUUGAAUUUAUUCUGAUUUAUUAUCGAGUAUCGAGUAUGGAGAGUAUCAUACUUCAGGCAAGAUCUGCUAAAUUCAUGUCUUAAUGAUGAGUGCAAUUCGAAGAUGAUAAUUCAAUUGAGCAUAUAUAUUAUAGUACAUGCAUUGUAUAUCCAUUAUAGAUAAAUUUUUAAAUAGAUAUGAAAUAGGUGUAUAAUAUUGCUCCUUGUAUCGGAAGUAUUCAUACAAGGUUGAGGAUAGUAAUUACCCACAAUGAAUUUCUGAAAUCGAUUGUAACAAUUACAGAAUUGUUAAAGAUACGUAAUUUCGCGAUGGAGAGUUUUCAACAUAUUUCGUUACUCUUUUAUUAGGCUUCUUUAUACCCUCAAAAAAAAAGGUUUUCGAUCGAGUUACGAGUUUCAAGUUACAAAGUAAUUUUUUCUUGGAAAACAUUGAAACUGAUUACGAAUACAGAUAUGCUGAAGUGUCGAUACGAUGCUGGCAAUUUUUUGGAAGUUUACAAAGAUCAUAGGGCUUUAAUAGCAAACAGAUCAAAAAGUUAACUAUACGUAACUGGUUUUAACCAAAAAUUUGUUUUCUCGUAGCAUAAAAAAGCUUAAAUAAAGAUUUUCCAAGUAAUUCAAAGAAUCAGAACACCAUCUUGUAAAAUGGUGCAUUUUUGAGAUCUUCUGUGUUCUUGGAGUAAAUAUUAAAAAUAUGUUGCGGAAAAUUAUUGGCUCAAUCUUGUACAAAUCUGAGAAUAUUUGUUUUCAUAUACGGGGGGGGGGGGGGGGGGGGGCUACAAAGUGACUCUCUUGAUCUGUGAGGAAACGUAUUAAUAGGUUACGUGAAACGAGGAAAGUAUACAAGACAAAUCCCAUUGCACGGUGUUACAUAUCGUUGGAAUAAGUAACAUUAUCGCAAUAUAGAAAUAUACAUAUCGUAGGAUAUGAGUUAAAUCGCUCCUAUGCAAAAUGCUUGAUAAAAGAGGCUAAAAAUAUCGUCGAACACCUUUCGUAAACUACACGGUGAAUCGCUGAGGCAAUCGUAACGUUUCAACUGUUGACUUCGGAUGAUUGGCAAUUUUUUUUAGAUAAACGCUAAUAUACACUACAUCGAUUAAUGAAACUGUUUUGAGAAAUAACAAUUCUGUGCGGAGGAUAGAAAAAUUCAAGUAAACUAUGAAGAAUGGGGUAGAAUUAAAAUAUUUACGAAUUUGACGAAUACUUGAGUUUCAGAUUUCUUUGACUGUACUUAAAUUUAUCUACCACAUGCAACGUUUUUUUUUUCUUAAUCUAUUUUAACGUUGCAUCAACACCUUAACGACGAGAAUGUUAAAGUUUACUUAUAUUAUUUUAUUAACAAUCUUCGUUUUUUAGAUGAAUUCAAACAGGUUUUACGUUAAGAAUGAUUAGCCUCAAACAAGGAACGAAACGAACAAUUCUAUCAUACUGUCAGAUUGUUUAAAAAGUUUUAGUGAAUUCAAAAGUGAAAAAAAUGUCGAUUAUAAAAAUUGUAAUGAUGUAUAGUAUCCAGUACAAUAAGAUAAUUAUAAUUUACGAUUUUAAAUUAGUGAUUAUAAUUAAUCAUUAUAAUUAUAAUUUGCAAUUUUAAAUUACAAUUAGUAAUUACAAUGAAUAUUUCACUGGAACUGUUAUUCCUCAAAGAACUCUACAUCGAUCGAUGAUCUCACAACAUUUAUCUUAAAAUAAAAUAAAAUAAAAUAAAAUAAAAAAAAAACAUCUGAGGUGCUGCAUUCAGAAAGUGCGAAUUCUUCCACGAUUCACUGAAUAUAUACCGCGUAAAACAUUAUUAUAUUAUCGAAGACGCGUUCUCGGAACGUAGAGCCGUAAAGGCAUUCACGUGGAAAGUAAACUGUGUUUUGCAACUCGAUGGAUAGUUAAGAUUAUGAUACCUUUAAGGCAUUAAUAUUACGAGUAAUAACUGCAUAUCGGAAUUAGAUUAAUGAUAACGGUACGUCGCGACGCGAUCCUCGAUCCCGAUGAAAAUCGAAGGAGAGUAUCGAUCGAUUCUACUGAUCCUUGUUAAGGCAUAGAUAAACCUAACUAACAUUUCCUAUAGUACUCAUUGUUCUGUAUUAGACACCUUCGCAUAACCCACAUACGAUCAAUUGUCCAUUCUAAUUAAUUGCAUAUGAACGCUAUAAUGAUAAUCAAUUAUGUUGCAAAAAAAUACCACGUGCAAUAUUCGACGAAAUUUUCAGAAAAUAUAUAUGAUACAUAAAAUAUGUAAUUUUCAAAAUUUCUCAAAUGAAAUGAAACUUUAGAUAGGAUGAAAACACGAUCAAAGUAACAAAAAAAAGAAUGAAUUCUCUACUUCGAUCGAGGGACGUAGGUUUCGUGUCGAUAUAUCACACAACAUACACAUAUCAUUUAUUCGCCCAAAUUUUACCUGUAAGAUAACGGUUAUGAUAUCUCGUUUUAAGGCUUCACUGAUGCAUAAAUCUCGAAAGAUCGUAUACAUAUCGUGAACGUAUGAGAUUUAAGAGAAUUUAUUUGUUAAUAUAUAUAUAAUAUAUAUACGUUACAUAUAAUAUAUACACAUUAUUACGAUCAUCAAAGAUAUAUUAUAUACCUAUAUAUUAUAUAUAUACAUAUACGCAUUGGAUGUUUUUUUUAAGAAGUUUCAGCGAUGAGAAAAUACGAAGUCGUCGUUUGCACGCAGUCGUCGAGAGAUUAACUUCGAUUUCAUUUUUCAGCUAAAUAUUUAUCGAAGCAUUUCUGCGUUCUUAAAUGUUAUCCAUAUUUCACCAUAGAAGUCCAAAACAUAAGGGGCAUUGUAUUGAACGAUUUGAAUAAUUAUUAUUAUAAUAACUAUAUAAUCAAUAUUAUAUAUAAUUAAUUAUAUCUAUAUAAUUAAUAGUAUAUACAAUAUUAAAGAUAUAUUGUAUAACUAUAUAUCAUAUAUAAUUGUUAUAAUAUUAAUUAUGAAUAAUUAAUAAUUUUAAUUAAAAUUAAACGAUACGCCGAGCGCGAUUCUUUGCAGGCCCUACAAUUAGCUUAGGAUCCGCGGGAUGCAUAUCAAAAAUAAUUUUUAAAUCGGUGACUCUAUCGACAAGUAUUUAUUAGUAAGACAGCGUGCAAACGAUCGUAACUUGAACAAAAAAAAUAUAGCAGUAGAUGCAAGAGUAGAAAAUAGUAACGUUAGCAUAGAUGCACUUAUCCAGUGAGUCAGGAGUUCGGGUUGCGACAGUAUUAUCGACUGGAGUCAAAGGGAAGAAAGUCUGUUGGAAUGUAGCACUUUACCGACCGGCUUUCUCGGCAAUUUACCAUGGCAGCAAAUACUUUGUUACCUACCACCGAGAACAUUGUAUGCUCCCAUCAUUACAGGAAUUGUGAAACAUUAUGACAAGUAUUAAUCUGAGAACGAGUUUAUUCUAUAAAAUACAUAUUUAUGCAAUAGUAAUGUUAUGAAGAUAUAAAAUAUUAUGAAAUUUAAUUAUAUGUCCAAUCCCUACCGGUCGGUAAGUUGUUAGCACGCACACUGCAUUACCAUUGUUGCUCUCAGAUAACAUUGAAUCGAGAACAGAUUGAAAAAACUUUUAAUUAUAAAUUUUGUACCGCAACAGUUUAUUUCUAUGGAUCUAAUCACUCCUCUCUGGCGCGCCGUCGACUCCUGACUCGAGUAGUGAUGGAUGUAUCUUUUAGGAUGAUCGUAGAACGAUGAGAAAACGGGGAGAAAAGUCGAUUGCGCAUAACAGUGCCGGAGACAUCCCCUAAGAACCAUGUCGAGACAUAUCUCUAAUGGCCGUAGUUGUAGUCUCGCCGGCUGCGUUGUUAUUAUUACUAAUUAUUAUAAGCGGUAUUUUUGUACAGUGUCUUACAGUGGUUGGGUCGUUGCAGGCGCAGCCGACGAGCCGUUCACGGCAUAGCCAUAUAAUAUACAUAUAUAUACACACACACAUUGCAUAUAUAUAUUUAUUUCGAUUAUAGCGCGUAAUACUCUGAGAACAUUUCUUCGACGCGUUCGUAUACACACGGAUAUACAUAUAUGCGUGUGUGUAAAAUACGUGUAAACAUAGUUAACGUGUCAGGCUACGGGACUAAGUGCGUGAAAAAAAAAAUAGAGGCGAACAAGUGAGAAAGGACCUAUUGCACGAACACAAACCGACGCUUUUAACCUAUGUCUCCUGUUUCUAUUGAACUACGAUGGACGUCUUCGCUCAUGUAUAUCUCGGUGCUCUCUUAAAAACACUGUCCGCUUGUUUAACGCGCCGAAGACACUCGUUUGGACUUUCAAUACCUUACUGAUAGUGUAUACGCUGGUGCAAAACGUACACGCGAACACAUGGGGGACAUGUUCACGUACAAAAUAGUUAUACGAGCAUAUAGGCACGCAUACGAUAGAAUCUGCGAGUACAUUACUACCUACGUACCUAUGUGUUAUCUUCUCUUUAAUUAAAGGUUAAGUAAUUCGUGUGUGCGUAAAAGGAACACAAAGCACGUUUUUUGGAGUAUAUAUAUGAAUGGGGAAAAUAAGUAUUAUUGGUUAGCACGCAUGAGUGCAGUCUAUGGGAUUAACCACUGUGGAUUACACGCCUGCACACAACACACAACACACACACGCGCGCGCGCGCGCGCACAUACACAGGAAACUUCAUGCCUAAAAUGACAUAUCGGUGUUACAACGUACGAAUAUAAAUAUAUAAAUAUAAAUAUUAUGUAAAACGCAGAUACACGUAAAAGUUCGUCUGUAUAUGUCUAUAAAUACUGUUACAUAUAUGUAUGGUCAUUAUAUGAUAAUUAUUACGUGAUAUGUAUUAUGAAACAUCUUUUUCUCGCAAUGGUCCGCGAACACGGACAUCCACUCAGAUUCUAAUGUCUAUAUGUCAUUGUUUAUUAUGUCGUUAACGAUUAACGUGUAUAUGUGAAACUUUCAAACCAAAUAAAAAGUACCUAAGCAUA